AUGCCACCCGCGCAAACCCCCGCGCGCUCCACCAACACACCUGGGCGGCCAGUGGCACGGCGAUGCUGCACGCCGCAAAUCAUAAGAGCCGCCGUCGCCCUCUGGUUUGCCGCCUCCAACCUCACCUGGCCCUCUCUCCUCGCCGUCCCUCGGCUCCGCGACGCGCUCUCACCACCACGUUUGUGCACGCCGGCAAGCGUCCAAAGAAGUGGAGCACGAGGCCAACUCCAGGUCCGCAGUUGCGUGACGGGCCUUGACGAUGGAUGGAGCUAUGCUCCUGCGCCGGCUGCUGGAUCGCCUCCCGCGACAGUGCAUCACCAUUCAUUGAGCUUGAUUAUUCCCUUCCUGCACGUCCACUUCAGGAUCCCCUUACCAAGUGCGGUUUUCAGCUGUUGUGAUCGCCCUAAGCGGUCCCUCUGUCCUCGACCAGUCCCAAUGCCCAGCGCGCGAUCAGGCCCUCAUGAGCCACUCAGACCGGCCAGCAGCGCCUUCAUUUCCACGCCUCACACUGUUACUAGCCCCGCGCCGUCGGCUAUCGUCGACUCCGGCAGCAGAAGCACCUGUGGCGUCGGACGGGGGGUCACUAGCCUCGCGGGACCCACUCCAGGAUUCAACACCAUGGAUCUGGGAUCGUCGUCACCGCAUCAGGGGCAAGGCGUGCAUGGGCCGGUAUCAUCACCUGUGGCUAUCCGUUGGCUGGGAGCUGUACGUACCGUGGGAUUGCAUAUGCACCCUCUGCCCUCGAUAAUCACGCAACGACCGAUCAGUCUAUUGACGCGUGCAUGGCCACUGCGAGCACAGCGCCCUCUGCGGGCGAAUCUCUCGUCGUGCCAGCACAAGUGCUUCAGCUUGUGCAACAACGGAGCUUGGAGCCCAGAGCCUUCCCCUUGCGACUGGGUGUCAUACUGGCACAUUCUCUCCGUCGCACACGCUGCCACCACCGCGUCCUCGUACUGUAACGUUGGCGACCACCCAAUCGCCAGCACCCGCCCGGCGUGCUCCAACUUGACAUGCGACGUCCUGUCAGGCACUUCUUCUGGGGAGGCGGGGUGCCGUGCGGGAACAGAUUCUGCGCAUUGGCAUUCUCGUUCACCGGAGCCCAUCCGUACGCAGUCCGGGACCACAGCGCCGUCUUUGUGUCGACCCGGGCACCGUAGCCCGUCAUUCUCGUCGAGCCCAACGUCACGAAAAGCAUCAAACAGAGGAUUCCUGGCUUUUGGGAAAUCUUGCUGCACCUGCACCCUCUUCCGAAUGCAUCGCCGAUAUCGCUCCUCCGUCGAUUGCGUAGAUAUCGGACCACUCUCGCGCAAGACAACCCACCAUCACUCAUUCCAAUGCUAG